AUGUUUCUCCUGACGACCAUCUCCGACCUGGUGCAGAUAUCUCCAGAAGACUUCUCCAAGCUCAGCUCCGUCGCCAUCGAAGACAACAUCAACGAAAAGUACGCCAACAAGGUUAUACAAAAUGUCGGCCUCUGCAUCGCCUUUUACGACCUGCUCGAGUCCUCGGAUGGGCUGAUCGGUCAUGGAACGGGCCUGGUCAACGUCAAUGUAAAAUUCCGCAUCAUCGUCUUCAGGCCGUUUAAAGGCGAAGUCAUCAUCGGGAAGAUCACCAAUGGCACAGAGCAGGGAAUAAAAAUUGGAGUCGAGUUCUUCAACGACAUUAUCAUCCCUCCUGACCUGCUGCUUGAUGGCGCGAGAUUCGACAUGAAAGACCAGGUCUGGAUCUGGGACAACGGCGACGGCGGCAUCUUCUACUUCGACGUCGGCGAGACGGUGCGCUUUCGAGUCGAGCAGGAAGAAUGGCAUGACCAGGUGCCCGCCGGGCCCGAUCUCCAGAACGGAGCCGCAUCGCCGGACCGAAAGCCUCCUUACUCGAUCAUCCUGCCAGGGCUCGAUGCAAGUUGCUGGUCUCGGCCUGGUGGCCUGGUGGUCCUGAACGCCCUUCGACUGAACGAAUGCACUUCCCCUCAUCCGGUCCGCAUUGCUUCUUCGGCGGUGAAUAGUACAAGUCGAGGAUCUUCCUCUCGGCUCGCUCUAGGACAUGGAUUGGCCUGCAUCGCCGCGCAGCAACAUCUUCUCCACGCCGACUUUGUGCGCACGAAGGGGGAGAAGGGAGAAGGCGAGAACCUAUCGGAUCGCAAAACCAACCACGCAUCAAGCGUCCCUACGACAAGCGGCCGCCAAGCGAACGCUAGACACCGCGUCUCAGACAUGCCUUGCCCCGCGAUCAUGGACGGAUGA